UAGUUCCGAACGAACUAGUUCUUUCCAAAGAACUAUAUUUCCCAUCCCUAAUAUUUGGGUUAACCUUGUAAUUUCGAUAUUCAAGCAAUUUAAUACUACUUUUAAUAAUUAAUUGAACGAAAUACACUACUUUCCAGUGCAUUUCACUCGCGAUUUCGCAACUGCUGUUAAGUGUUAAAAUGUGAACUAAACGAAAACAAUGAACGGGAUCGCUGAUGCCUCACCUGAAGUUUGAGUAGGUACUACUAUUCAAUUUGCUCUAUGGUAGGAGGGGCCGGUUCCAGCUGGUAACAAUUGCGUGGCGCUGAAAAUGAUAAUAAAUUGAAUCUUUAAUUUUGUUUUUCAGGAACAGUUAUAUAAAUAACUAUAUCAACAAAAUUUUGCGACGUAAAUGGGUUAGUAAAUUUAAAUUUUUUACUUUGACUUGGAUUUCUGUGAGUAGGCCUAAAUAUAAAAUAUUAUUAUAAGAUAAUUUUUCAAAUGAACACAGUGUCCCUUGCCCACAAUAGCAUUAUUCCUGAAAUAAAGAUAGAAUGAAACGCAUAUAACCAGAUAUUGAAGUCUUAUCAAUGUUAUUUAGGAGGUUAGAAUUUAAAUUUUCUUCACUCGUACUGUUAUUGCUUUUACAAAUAUUGUUGAUGGUUUGUUACAUACUUAUGGUGCCAUUUUCACACCACCAGGUGACUACUGUUAAUACAAAUUUACAAUCUGUAAAGUUUUUAUCUUUGCCAUACCAAGAACCUACUGCUAAACAGGAUGUACAAAAGUUCUUUUCAGAGAGUAGUAGUAUUAUUCUUCCAGAAACCACACAUGACCCAUAUUUUUAUACCAUUAAUUCUACAACAUGUUUUAUUCUCGGUACUGAACUGGGUUACAUGAGGCGUAGAGGUAACAUAACCAGAUGUGAAUGCAAGAAAGGCUGGCAUGGUACAGACUGUGGGCUACCAGAAGUAAUGUGGCGAGCAUUCAUGGCAUCUAAGCGGAAAAUUCUCCCUCGUCGCCGAUUGCAACCCAGAAGGGUCAUCUACGGCUUCCCUGUAAUCGGCAAAGAGACACAGCUCGCGGAGAUCACACUGCAUGAGUUAUUUAAAGUGGUAGAUCUUUAUGUGGUGUGUGAGUCAAACUAUACUAGGCUUGGAGAACAAAAGAAACUUUACUUUAAAAACAGGCUGAUGAAACACUUUUUGAAAGGCACUGAACACAAAAUACUAUAUCUUUCAGCUGAUGUGUAUAAACAACAAUCAAAAAUUACUUCUGACACAUAUUUUAACCAUUUGGAAAGAAUUGUGUGGUCCAAAAGUAUAUCAACAAUCAAGAACCUGCACAGCGAUGAUCUGUUCGUCGUGAUGAACGCUUACGAAAUACCGAACGCCAAAGCAAUACUGUAUUUGAAGUUGUACGACGGGUGGCCCCAACCAGUCGGGUUCAGGCUACGAUGGUCUGCGUAUGGGUUUUUCUGGCAGCACCCAAAGAAGACAGUGGUGGUUCCCAGGGGAGCGACUGCACAGCUAAUGAAAGACCUGUACCACAGUGACGCGGGCUCUCACCGUGGAGACAAGGAUCACAGAACAUGGCGAGAGUUUAAGAUGGUGGUGGGGGACCUGAACCACUACGGGGGGUGGUACUGCAGCUGGUGCCUCGAGCCAUCGGCCAUCGUCGACACGUUGGCACAGACACCACCAAGCGCCAGCCCCGUGCUGUGGUCCGCUGGUGACCACAAGGUCGUGGACUCGCGUUACGUUGAGGACCUGAUCGGGACGGGCAUCUGGCUGGACGGUAAGACACCCCUGCUGCGCUGCUACCGACAUCGAGACCCCUACUUCGCUCCGGAGUACGUCAUGAACAACACUUGGAUGUACGACUCUCUGAUCACCAACUUCUACAGUGACAUUGAUUACAACUAGUGGACGUGCGAUGGGAAUGUUUACGUUCUGUGCUGUGAUUUGAGCUAGUUGUGAAAUACUGCUUACGUGCCUGCAGAUCAACUGUGAUUAACAUUAUUGUUUCUAUCUGUUCUAAAACCAGUGGUAAAAGUCUGCAAUCAAACAUUAUAAGGCCACUGUGCAACAAUCAAAUUUUAGUUACUAUAUUAGUAAUUAUUACCCCCACACCUUUAAAAAAUUACUUCAUAUAUAGUGGUACCUAACCUGAAUUAAUAAAUAGGUCUUUAAAAGCCUUCCAACUGUUUUAAAUUUACCACUAUCCCCCAUUUUAAUUUUUCUAUUACUUAGAGCUGGUAUAAAUUUAAUUACAGUCUCCUCAAAUCUUGUGAGCUGUAUCUCAUUUACCACUGGUUACCCUGUCAUAUACUACUUGUGAUUCUUGCAAUACUCCUAGCAUUGUUUAAAUGAAAACCAAAAAGCACUUUAAACAUCCAAAAGUUCUAAAAUGUUUUUACAAUGGCUGUGAUACUAAUGUUAAAUGUUGUUGACUUUAAUUGUUCAAAAUUUUAACAACUUUACUAGCAAGAAAGAGGUGUUAGUGAUAUACUAGUGAUUUAUUAUUGUAUACUACCCAGUAAUCAAUGUUCCUAAUUUUUUCCAUCCUGCACAUUUUAAUACAAUGUUUCCAAUAUGCAUAUUUAAAGGCCUCGUAUGUAUUGUUGCAGAAUUUAUUUAUUCCAUAAGAGGAGUUAAAUACUGUGCUAGUGUAACUUGUGUUGGUUUUGAUCAGGUAGCUGGUAUGCAUGUGUGUUCUUUGUAGCAGGACGUAGCUAAGCAAUGCAUGUAGGUUAGCAUGUGUGCUUCCAGAAAGUAUCUUCCGAAUAUGUAUUACAAGCAUUUUAUUCUGGUGAGCCUGGAUGAAAGGCCUCUUUGUUUCAAAUAGCUUGAAUGAUUUUUUCUUUACCAUACCAAUGAAGGCAAUUAACACUUUUAAAGUCAAUUAAGUGCAAAAUAUGUAGGCCUAUGGUAUUCAAGAGUAAGUCUCAUGUAUUGCAGUAAAGAUAUUAUUGGUAUCAUUUUUAAGAAACAUUAACAGAAAAUAUUGCAAUAACACACUCAUGUUAUAAGUGAUUAAUGCUGACCCCCAUUGUUAUAGUAAUGAAACAACUAGGAAUAAAUCAAGAUUUUUAGGUAUGCAUCGUGUACACAAGUUCCACACUGAUCCCAUGUAAUUAGCUGUCUAUUGAGAAACCAUGCAUGUUUUGGGAUCUGUCUACUUGACUUCCUUGGCAGUAUAGGGAAAUUCAAGUGACAUUCCAGCUCUUUUCACAUACAUGAAGUAUGAUGGUAUAUAAUAUUCCAACUACAUAUAAAUAGUAUGAACCGUUAAGGCCCCCACCUACUUGGGCACAUAUACAAUGUGCAGAGUUUCCGAAACAACCACGGAAUUUGAAAACUGCUCAUGAUACCAGAGUAGUCUCUGUUUACGAAAAGCAUUUAAAUAAUUUUCAGGCAUGAAACAUCCGGUACAGAUUCUUGAAAGCACUCAUGGGACUUGCAUUACACCUUUAUCUUCAUUUCCCUAUCAUAUUACGUUAUGGUCACCAGCACAACGAGAAGACUACGUGCCAGUCCACAGCCUUGCGCUUAGAGGCAUACCACAUUAGAAGAACAUGCGAGCGUCACACUUAUCAUCCUGCCUCAGCACUAACACAAACACACCCCUGACUAGGAAGGUGCCUUAAGUCAUAUCUCAAUAUCAUUUGUGAACUGAUGUGGCCUCUUGUAAAUUGGUUCAGUGGCCUUGUGUGUGGAGAACACACAAGCCAAGUCCAUCUGCUAGGAAACAUCUCGUCGAAGUGCACAUACCUGCAGUACUACAGUGUUUGAGGACGACACUUGUAAGGGCUCAACCCGUGGCACAUAGUGUAUGAUCCGUUCGCAGUAGUACAUCCACGUAGGUGUUCCGAUCCAUCUUUGACAAUAGCAGUGAAUAACCUGGUCUUGCAUUACACUACCCCACAGCUUUUGUUUUGGGACUAAUCUGUGCAUGUUGUGGCUGUGAACUUCACCAGAGAAAUGGGAUGUUGCCCUUGUCAGUGAAAAUAAUUUUUUUGUGGUGUCGAUGCCAGCGCUACCAACUUCCAGGCAUACUCAUCAGUAAUCACAUUUAUGCACACAAUAAAACAUGCGUAAUACAAACACCAAAUACUACACUCUACAAAAAAAAACAAUAACUCCAAGGCAGUAACAAGCUGAACAAUCCAUUCAAUAAUUAUAAAACAACACAGCUUUGCAGACAACUUAAUGUUUAAAAAGGUAAUAUGUAAGUUUCGGAACAACAUUUGAGGUACUUUAACAAAAGGUUGCCCUUCCUAUUAAAUGAUCCACUUGAGCUAGCGAUAUUUAUCAAAUGAUAAUUCACUAUGUUCCAUUGUGUUUUUCUGUUUCCGUAAUAAAUAAUACAGCGAGUUCUGUAACUGGAAGUCUAAAUCUGCAAUAAUUACGUAAAAUCAGUAUUUUGUGGUAGCACUGCAACACAGGCGAGAAAUUGUCUGUGGAAUACUGAUGUGCUGUGAGGCUACCAGCUUUUAACUGUUGGGGUAAUCAAACCCCAAACUUUUAAAACUUUUAUGAAACACUUCUGUCUGGGUGGAUGUGGAAUUAUCACACACGCUAAGCUUGACAAGUGGAUUUCGCUGGGACUUCACUAAACCAGUUUUUAGAAGAUGCUCCUUUGUUCUUUCUGUCCUAUCUCGACAGUUAUAAAGUAAUAUCUUUAGGGCUAAAUCACAAAGUUUGUCUUACAGAGCCAGACUAUAAAAAUACUCACUUCCUAAACAACUGGCUGAGUAAUGUAACAUGUCUUUGUAUGCUAAAUGUUGGGGGAAACCAAAACUCAUAGUUUCUCUACCAUCUUAGUGGAAUUACUUGUGGUAUGCAGAAUAUAAAUUCUUACCAUAUUUAUUUAAAUUCGUGUAGGAACUUUGUGGACAUUAUGUAUGUAAAGUAAAAUAAAUGUAAAAUGUUUGUUUCAAUUCCAACAUCACUGUAAAGCUAUAUUAAAAAAAGUAUUUUUAGAUAUAAGUGUAAUUAUUAUUGUUACCUGGUUAGUUACCAUUAGAAUUUACUUUUCAAUAUGUCAUCUUUUCAUACUAAUAUGUUAGAAUAGUUUCCAAACAGCAACUGACUUUUGUGUACCUCAGCACUUAGGUUAUAAUUGAUUCUGGGUGUUCUGAUGUGUUCAGAUGCCUGAGGUCCAGAACCUCUGUUGUUAAUAUAUUGAAGCUAGAGACAGAAAGGCCUACAAUGGCACGGCCACCAAUGUUAUUGGUGGACUUUCGUCAAUUGAAACUCUAUCCUUUGCUUUGUCCCUGUUUAGCAAACAAACCAUAAAGAAAUGAAAUGAUUAUUCAUGUCAGUAUUGGUGGCAAUCAAAAAUUUAACAUUUUAGCAAUUAGCAUUUGAUUACCGGCUCUCUGCUCUAUACAUGUAUGUAUUAGUAAACUUUUCAUAGUGUAUAUAUCAUAUCUGUACACUUUUUAAAUCAAUUUCUGAACAAAAAUCACAGCUUGUUAAAUGGGAAUCAAGGAAUGUGUUCAUGUUCUGGUGUACACUCAUGUGUCUAAACAUCCUAACAUGACAUUUGAUUGGCGGCUGCUCUCUCUCUCUCUCUCUCUCUCUCUCUCUCUCUCUCUCUAUAUAUAUAUAUAUAUAUACACACACACACACACACACACACACACAUAUAUAUAUACAUACACACAUACAUACAUACAUACAUUAUCAAAAUUAACUAGCUUUAAUGAAAUGCUGCUACACUGUGUCUCAUGAUGUUUGCUAUAAGACAAAUGCAAAUCACAUUUCUUUAAAUGCAUUUUUUUUAAAUGAAAGAAUUUAAAAUAUACAAUGUACACAAAAAUCAGUUUGCUAAGUACCAAACAAAACUUUAAGUGUUCAAAUAUUAUCAAUUUCUCAGAUGUGCCAAAUUGUUUUGUAAGUUGACAACAAGCAUUUCUAACAACAAUGGGUAGAAGAAACCAUUAAAGAGAGAUGUACAAAAAUGGAGGUGUGAUCUUAUUCAAUAAAACUGGUGAACUAACAGUGGAUUGUUACCCUAUGGUAGGCUGAGAAUUACUAUAAGUUUAAGCUGCCAACAUCCUGAUAUUCUUAGGGCUGACCGUACUUCCCAUAAAUUGUCCCUCAAUGGGACAAUCAAACAUGUCUUCUUUUACAUUUUACUAAUUUCUUCUUUGAAUUAGGAGUAAAAAGUUUAUAUAUAUAUAUAUAUAUAUAUAUAUAUAUAUAUAUAUAUAUAUAUAUAUAUAUAUAUAUAUAUAAAUAAAAUCUUAGCCUGAGAAAAAUAUUAGAAAAACUUUUUGAAAAGAGUUUUUUUUGCUGCUGUCAGAUGCAAAUAAAAUGAAAAAAAAUUCUACAAAUAAUGCUAUUAAAUAGUAAGAAUACAAUUUUUUUUUAAACUUUUUUUUUUUAAAUUUUUUACUUGUCUCCCCCCCCCCCAAAAAAAAAAUAAAAAAAAAUAGAAGUCACGUACGUACACUACCCCUCAGGCCACGCAGGCUGACUACGAAGGUUAUUUUUUAUAUGUGGAAUGUUGGUCAGGAUAAUGCUGUGCAGAUCAUUACUGUAAACACACCUUCAUGUAAAAUCUAGUACACACAGGAAUAUUUUGUGAACAAGAAGGCUUUAAACACACAGUCCCACAAAGUGAAUGGCUGCUAAGUAUACAAGUCACCAAGCCAAAUCAAUAUUUAUUAAGGCACUAGAUAAUGUGAUAGAGAUAUUGUCAUUCUUGUAUCAGCCUUAUGUAAGCAAACAGUAAACAUUUUGUAUUGGAAAUGUAUAAGAGUUUAAUGUUAGUUUUAGAUUAAAUUUAUAUUACCUAGAUAAAUUUUAAGAAGCAUCUCAGCACUUAAUAAUUUUAAUAUAAAGAAAAAAUGUAUGUGAUGAUUAAGAAAUGAGGGUACAAAAUGUAAAGAGGAAACAUGCUGGAAGAAGCUAACAAGUCUCAGUAAAUACGGGCCUGUAAAUGAACCUAUUGCGAGAUGUGCAUUAAGCUUUCCCAAAUCUGUUAGCUGUACCAUUCAUAAAGUGCACCCUCAUCUGCUGCCGUGAGAGAUGGUUCCACUGAACCUCCUCUGAAUGGCAAUGUGCCGUCCACUGCCUCAGAUCAGAGUAUUCUGUAAUAGUUUCAGACACUUUGUGCCUUGCUUACAAGGCAAGGAGGAAAACAUACAAUAAGCUUGGCAUAAACACGUCAGUAUAGGAUCUUGAAGAAUGGUUCAUUUCUAGUCCUAAAUUCACAAAAUGUUUUUUCCACUUUUACAAGUUUACUUUUUUGUACCAUCACUUCUGGAUUUAUAUUUCCAUACAUCUUUGUGUGAGGCCCUUUUUUAUUUUUCUGUGAAAUUUUUCAUUAGUGGCCUUCACAAAUUUUGAAUUAAAAAAAUAAUCUGAAUUUUGCAAAUUGUAUGCAUUUUACGUCAUUUAUUUCACAGUAGCUAUUUUGUGAGUUUAUGUUUAGUGUACUGGUUUUGUAUUAUUUUCCAUUUAUCUUCACUAUGCUGAAGGAAGAAGCUAGUUUGUUCUAGGCUUAGGUGGUGGAGAAAAAACUGCCAAAGGUUUUAAAUGGAGAAAUCAGUUCUUAGCAAAUCUACUUUAUUUUAAUUAUAUUUUAACAACACACAACAAAAUAAAUACGUAUAAAAUGUCUAAUUUUAAUUCCAAUCCAUUACAACUGCACUGUUAGCAAAAUAUUUUAAUGAAUAUGUAACUUAUGUGUGUUAGUCUAAUAUGUAAGUGAAAUAUUAAGUAUUAGCUACUUAGUCAAGCACGUGAGUAUUCUGCUCAUGGUGGCAAUUAAAACAAAGAAUAGCAAAGUAAGUUAAUUAUAUACAUUGUUUCAAUGAACUACCUAAAGUAACUGGUUAAAUUCACAUAACUUGCACACAUGUCCUUGUCAGAAGUGUACUUCCUAACUUAUUUCCUGUUACGUUAACGCUUUGAUAAACACUUUAUACAGUGUGCUGUUGGCAUAUUAUGCUACCUGUGCAACAACUCUGGAAGUUAUAAGCUGCUGGGAUACUUUUUAGUUUUUACUCAUCCCUCUGCCUCAGUGUGGUCAUCUAUUAUAAUGGCUUGUUUUUGAAAAACCUAACAUUUACUGAAACAUACUUUAUGGUAAUUAGCAUUUAUGAAGUUCUAAUGUUCAAACCCAUUGCAUCUACUUUGUAAAUUUAGACCUGACGAAAUUGAGUAAAUACUACCAUAAACAGGAAAGUAUGCAAGUGGGUGGGGGGGGGGGGGGGGGGAGAUGGUGGCAUUUUAACCCCUGCUCCCCAAAUCUUAAAACAUUUAUCACCACCAACAAAUAGAAAGAAUUUGAAAGCAAACAGCACAGGCAAAAUAAAUUCCACCCUCCACCCAUCCUGAAAUGAAAUUCUGUGUAUACUCCUUACUAUAAAGACCAACAGUACCAGCAGAUGUGUUACAGUUUUGUCUCAAUUGAAGUCUUGAAAUAGUGAACAAAGUGUUAUUUAUACCACCCCAGAACGUUUGGAAACCUAUUACUGCACACCAACUUCUGAAGGAACAUGGCACAAGUGCCAAUACUGGAGUGAUCUGAUUUUUAUAUCAUGCCUGCUUGUUGGCACAUCUUAAAAAAACACAAGGUAAACAGAUCUGAUACCAGCUGUUCAUACCUUGUCCUGACAGGUUUGAUUUCGUUUCCGUUUCAAACUCUCCCAUGCACUCUGAUACAUUAGUGUAAUAGCAAUGACUUUUAUUAAAUAUAAAUAUGGACAUACUGAUAUAAUUACAGGCAAAAUGAUCACAUCUGAUAUUUCUGAUGCAUCUUGCUUGAUUGGCUGUUAGGGAAAUCCAUCUAACGUUUGUCUCUUUAUGAUGCAGGAUUUUAUAGGUCUAAAUUUUAAUUCAAAUUCCCACUGUUAAAUUAACAAAACAAUGUAAACAAAUUAUACUUUUUUUUUUUUAUAAAACAAGGGCUGACUAUACUUCAUAAGCUCUCAAGGCACUUAGCAAUGUACUGUACAACUGAUUUUUUAUUAGUAUCUAUAAUGCUAUGAAAAAAAAUACCUGGAAUCUGUAUGUAAAAAAUAGGAAAUGAAACUAAAACUUUCUUUGGAAACUUUUUAAAAAAGUCAGGUUAUUUAUUCUUUUAAAGGACCUGCAAAAACUAAAAAUUGCUUCCAAAACCUUCGGAUAAUUUUGGCCAAGUUAAGUUGGAGGGUUAUGACGACACCAAAAAUGUUACUAGAGCAGCCGUGUUUGACAAGUUGGACUGCUUUAACUUACAUUGAAUAUUUUGUAUAUAGAAUAGAUUCUAAAAUUUGUAGGAUAUUUGGUGGAAUCAGCUAAUCAGAAUUGUGCCUAGCAAAAAUGUAUAUGAUGAAUGUUUCCAUUUUUUGAAAUGGGGAAGGAUACAUGAAAAAAGAUUAUGAGCAGGUAAACUAUGUUUUUAAGAGUGUUGUCUGUAAAUCAACUUUUUAGUAUAGUUUUAUUAUAAAGUUUGAGCUAGCUCUGUCAAAUAAUUAACAUUGAUAAUUUGACCGGGUUAAAACAAGUUUUAGGUUAUCUGUCCAACUUAAUUUUAUGCAAAAAUUUGAAAACCUAUGUUAUGUCCAAUAACACUCGUAAAAAUCUUUAUUAUCAAAUUUAGUGUGACAGGGUUUUAACAGAAAAAUAACUUUUUUUUAAUAAUUUUUUGUUGUUCUUUGUCACAUAUUUCAAAGUCUCUUAUUAAAGUUAUUUUAAAAUAAGAUAACUGAGAUAGUAGAAAUGCUUACGUAUUUAAUUAAAAAACUGCACUAAAGAAGUAACUAUGUACUUUUUAACUUUCGGAUUAUGUACAAUAAUUGCGUAUACCUUGUAGAUAGUUAUUUAGAACCCUUUCAAAAACUUUUGAAUGAACAUUUAUUUUGUCAUCAGCAGAAGCAUACACAAAGUUUCAUUUUGAAAAGGGGGGUGGGGGUUAGAACAACUUUGCCCGCAGUGUGCUUUCAAAUUCUUUCCAUUUGAUGGUGAGAAUACUAUAUUUCUUUAGGAUUGGGGGGGGGAUAUAUCCCCCAUCCCCUCUCUUGUGUAUGCCCCUGGCCUUCAGUGAAACAUAACCAUUGCAAUCAGAAUAUCGGAAUAUUUACAAACUGUGCUAUUCACUGUCAACACAAGCCAUGCAACUAAGAUGUAUCAUGUAGCAAUUCUCUAUCUGUGAUGUGUGUUGGUUAAAAAAUAUCUUCUAACAAUUUGUGUACAGUUUCUGACACAUGUCUGAAGUGUCUGUUAUGAGUUGCCUUUGUAGUACAGUUUCUGACACAUGUCUGAAGUGUCUGUUAUGAGUUGCCUUUGUAGACUGAUAAAAGUAAAACAAACUUAUCUUAAAAAAGACACAAUUUUGUUUACAGUGUAAAAUAUAUGUUAAUGCAGACUAAUAUAAUGUUUAAUACUAAGGUGUUACCAUCAACACAACUGCCUGCUUCUGUAUUAUAAUUAUAACCUUAUGUUUGGUUAAUAUAUUUUGUUGUUGAUCAAGUGAAAUUAAAUCUCAGAGAAAUUAAUGUGUAAUGAGCUUACCUAAUUAUCUCAAUACACCAAUGAGAAUGCUAAUGCAUUUUUUAAAACAUAUCUUUAAAAGUGUGAUAUUAUUAUGUUUGUGUUAUUUACACAUCUUGUAUAUAUGUUGCUCAAUAAAAUAAAUUAUAACAUGACUUGAAGUUCUACCAUUG